ACAGUUUGAAGAUUGGUGUAUCCAGCAAGAGCUGACAUGCACUGCAAGUGACUUUCAAUCAUUUACUGCGAGGUGAAAUGGCCCAGAAAGGAGUUAAGCUGGACCGAGAGGCAAUUUGUUGUUCCAUCUGUCUGGAUCUCCUGAAAGAUCCGGUGACGGUUCCCUGUGGACACAGCUACUGCAUGAACUGUAUCAAAAACCACUGGGAUAAAGAGGAUGAGAAGACAAUCUACAGCUGCCCUCAGUGUAGGCAGACCUAUGCAACAAGGCCUGUCCUUGGGAAAAACACUGUUUUAGCAGAUUUAGUGGAGGAGCUGAAGAAGACUGGACUCCAAGCUGCUCCUGCUGAUCACUGCUAUGCUAGACCUGAUGAUGUGGCCUGUGAUGUCUGCACCGGGAGGAAACUGAAAGCCUGUAAGUCCUGUCUGCAGUGUCUGGCUUCUUACUGUGAGAAUCACCUUCAGCCUCAUAUUGAAUCCCCUGCCUUUGAAAAACACAAGCUGGUGGAGCCCUCCAAGAAGCUCCAGGAGAACGUUUGCUCUCGUCAUGAUGAGGUGAUGAAGAUAUUUUGUCUCACUGAUAAGAAGUCUAUCUGUUAUCUCUGUUUAAUGGAUGAACACAAAGGUCACGACACAGUCUCAGCUGCAGCAGAAAGGACCAAGAGGCAUAGAGAGAUCAAGGUGAGUCGACAAAACAUCCAGCAGAGAAUCCAGGACAGAGAGAAAGAUGUGAAGCUGCUUCAACAGAAGGUGGAGGCUAUCAAUGGCUCAGCUGAUGAAGCAGUGGACCACAGUGAGAAGAUCUUCACUGAGCUGAUCGGUCUCAUGGAGAAAAGCCGCUCUGAUGUGAAGCAGCAGGUCAGAUCCCUGCAAAAAACUGAAGAGGGUGAAGUCAGAGAGCUUCAGGAGAAGCUGGAGCAGGAGAUCACUGAGCUGAAGGGGAAAGAUGCUGAACUGGAGAAGCUCUCACACACAGAAGAUCACAACCAGUUUCUACAGGACUACCCCUCACUGUCACCACUCAGUGAAUCUACACACUCAUCAAGCAUUGAUAUCCGCUCUUUGAGGUACUUUGAGGAUGUGACAGCAGCUGUGUCAGCAAUCAGAGAUAAACUACAGGACGUCCUGAGAGAGAAAUGGACAAACAUCUCACAGACAGUGACUGAAGAGGAUGUUUUACUGUCAGAACCAGAGCCCAAGACCAGAGCUGAGUUCUUAAAAUAUUCAUGUGACAUCACAUUGCAUCCAAACACAGCACAUAAAUGGCUGUUAUUAUCUAAGAGGAAUAGAAAAGCAACGUUGAUGUUUAAAAAACAGUCUUAUGCUAAUCACCCAGACAGAUUCAUCGAUUAUUGGCAGGUCCUGAGUAAAGAGAGUCUGACUGGACGUUGUUACUGGGAGGUGAAGUGGAGAGGAGGGGUUUAUGUUGCAGUCGCAUACAAGAAUAUCAGCAGAGCAGAGAGCUCCAUUGAAUGUGUAUUUGGGCACAAUGAUAAAUCUUGGGCGUUAGAUUGUGACAACAGCAGUUAUAACUUCUGGUACAACAAUGUCAAGACUCAUGCCUCAGGUCCUCUGUCCUCCAGAUUUGGAGUGUACCUGGAUCACAGUGCAGGUACUCUGUCCUUCUAUAACAUCACUGAUACCAUGACUCUCCUUCACAGAUUUCGGACCAAAUUCACUGAGCCUCUCUAUGCCGGACUCGGGUUUUAUUAUCCUGGAGACAACGCUGAGUUCUGUAAAUAAAAUAGAAAUUUCAUUCUGCCUGUGUUCAAAGUAAUGAAACGUAUUUUGUCUUCAUGUUUGUUACUGAGGACUCAUCAAGCAAACAUUACGUGCAGUACUUGUGAGACUGAAUAGCUUAAUUUACCGUCCCUCUAUCCAGCUAUGUUUACCAGCUCCUCUGGGGGGUUUCAAGACGUUCCCUUAGC